AUUGGACCCACAUCACCAUGUCCUACCAGUCCCUCAUUGGCAAGCCUGCGCCCCCGAUUACACUGAAGAAUUACGAUGGGGAAGAUUACACCUUCACCCCAGGCGCUACGGGGUUGCCCACUGCGCUCUUCUUUUACCCAGAAUCAGGCUCAAUGGGGUGCACACGACAAGCAUGCCAGUUCCGCGAUGCUAUAGCUGAGAAAGAUACUUUUAAGCCUGGAAAAGUGCAAAUCAUCGGUAUCAGUCCCGAUCCUGUUGAGAAACAGAAAGCAUUUGUUGAGAAGGAACGGUUAACGUACCCAGUACUGAGUGAUGUCGACAAGGAAGUGUUCAAGACGUAUGGAAUCCCCAAGGGCAUGUACGGGUUCGUUGCGGUUGCGCGUGUGACGUUCAUCGUUGAUAAGAAGGGGGUAGUCAGAGAUGCGCUGGACGCGACGAUGAACUAUGGUGCUCAUUCGAAGUUCGUUGAAAAGUGGUUGGAUAAACUGGACGGAGAAGAAGAACUUGAAGGGACAGAGACUGCAUAAGAAACGGACUCUAAAGAAGUGUAUUAUGUAAGCUCGGUUGUUACGAUAUGCCGGAAAUGAGCCAAUUUUCAGCUGCUC